AGCUGUGGGUGAAGGAUGUGCAGCUGUCAGACGCGGGCCAGUACGAGUGUCAGCUCACUACACACCCCCCGUGACCUUCCACUUCACCCUCAAAGUCACGCAAGCCGAGGCAGUGGUGAGCGGCCCUACGGAAGUACACAUCGAGGAAGGGUCCAAGCUGGCUCUGGAAUGUCACGUCAGAUACGCUGCCUCUCCUCCAGUAUAUAUUUUCUGGUACCACAACGCUACGAUGGUUAACUAUGCCCGUCAGCAUUCCCUUGAGGUACAGCAUCACAACUACACCAGUAACCUUGUCGUGACUCGGGUGCGCCCCUCAGAUGCUGGCACCUACAGUUGUGAGCCCCACCUGGCCACACCUGCCAACGUGACCGUGCAUGUGUUUACAGGCAAAACCCCAGCGGCAAUGCAGCACGGCAGGAACCAGGUGGACGGGGGAGGCACCAGCACGCGGCCCUCCCUCUUCGUGGUCCUCGUCAGUAGUGUGAUUCUCCUCCUGGCGACACGAAGACCACUCGCCACCCACACUGUGACCUCCCUCGGGCUUUAGUGACCUUUUGUGAUGGGUCGUUUUUGUGUGAAGUGGUCAUGUGAUUUCUUUUUUUAGGGGUCAUGUUUGCUGUAUAUAAUCUUUCUCUCUAUUCUUAUUCCCGUUCCCCUGUUUGCUUGGCCUUUUUCUCUCUCUCUCUCUCUCUCCUUUUCUUUUCCUUUCUCGUGUUUCACUUUUCUCUUCCUUCUCUCUCAUUCUUCCUAGCUCCCAUAUUCUGUAUCUCUUUCUCUAACUGUCUUUCUUAUCUGUUUCUCUUUCUUCCUUCUAUUUUCUUAAGUUUCUCUCUCUCUCUCUCUCUCUCUCUCUCUCUCUCUCUCUCUCUCUCUCUCUCUCUCUCUCUCUCUCUCUCUCUCUCUCUCUCUCUCUCUCUCUCUCUCUCUCUCUCUCCUGGGGUGUGAUUUAUACAUACUUGGCACCCCCUCUCCUCCUCUUCUCCCCCUCUCCCUCUCCCUCUCCCUCUCCCUCUCCCUCUUUCUCUCUCCCUCCAUCUUACAAGAAAUAUAAUAGUAAUUAAUUAAUGGGCGUUUUGCUGAGGUGAUGCAAAUUAGGAAAGUUUUUUUUUCUUUUUUUCUCCUUUUGUCUCUAUUUUCUUAUUUGUUCUAUUUUUCAGUUGUCUUGUUUUCCUAUUUGUUGAUGUGUUAUUUAUUUUCCACCUUCUUUUUACACUUGGGAAGGUUUGAUUGUCUUUAAUUUCUCUGUUUUCUUUUCUUUUUUUUUUUUCCUUAUGAAUGUUCUGCUUCACGUGUCUCAUAAAAUUUUACCAGAGUUAUGUGCAAACUUCUGGUAAUUUAUUUGUUUAACUUUUUUUUUCUAUUCAUUUCAGGAAUUUUGCUACAUUACCUGAUUACUUUAUUUUUUUUUCAUUUAUUUGUUUAUUUCUGUGCGAUGUGAAAUUACAGUCAUUUUUUUUGUUUAUUUAUUUAUUUAUUUGUUUGUUUGUUUUUAUUUGUAUUUGUUCAUAUUCAAAAGGAUAAGGUAAUUUCUAUGACCUUAAUCCCUAAUGGUUAUUCACGUUCUCUCUCUCUCUCUCUCUCUCUCUCUCUCUCUCUCUCUCUCUCUCUCUCUCUCUCUCUCUCUCUCUCUCUCUCUCUCUCUCUCUCUCUCUCUCUCUCUCUCUCUCUUAUUUUGCUCAAAGAAUUUUACGUUAUGUCUCGUUCAGUUUUCAAUACUUUUCGUUUUUACUUGAGUUUUUUUUUUUUGUAUAAUUUUCUGGUUGGAUGUUUCGUAAUACUUCGUUCAGUUUUCUCAAAACUUCGUUUCCGUGAUAUUUUGUUUCCAAAUUUCCCUGUAUGUUUUGGAUGAAUUUUUCCUUAUCACUUCGUUCAGUUUCCGCAAAAUUUCGUUUUUCGUUUAAUUUUCUUUUCCAGUUUACAAUAUUUCCAAAAUGCUUUGUUCAGUUUUCGCAAAUUUUCGUUUUUGUUUCAUUUUGUUUCGCAAUUUACCAUAUAUUUAUCAGUGAGGUCCCCAUAAUGUUUCGUUCAAGUUUAAUAAGUUAUCAUUCCCGUUUCAUUUUGCUUCCCAGUGUACAGCAUAUAUCAGUGAUGUUUCCGUAAUGUUUCGUUCGGUGUUCGUCGCUCAACGUUUUCAUUUCAUUUCGUUUCGCGUCGCCUCAGCCAGAGAGUUUUAAUACUAGCUUACAAUAUUGUCAUUAUAAUCACUGUUCUAUGUGAAAUGUACAUAAUAUUCGUGGCGUGUUAGCUGGAUCAUCAUUAUUAUUAUUAUCAUCAUUAUUAUUAUUAUUAUUAUUAUUAUUAUUAUUAUUAUUAUUAUUAUUUGUUGGUUAUGAAUCUCUAAAGUUGAAUUUUAGGGAUUGCUACUAAGUACUCUCUUGUAAGUAAUAUUAUAAGUGUGUGUAUGUGUGUGUGUGUGUGUGUGUGUGUGUGUGUGUGUGUGUGUGUGUGUGUGUGUGUGUGUGUGUGUGUGUGUGUGUUUUCUUAGAUUAUAUUGAAGUGUUGUUUCUGUACAUAUGAACAAUACAUGAAAUUAUAUUGUCACAUAAAACAUAGUGAGAAAAGAAUGAAUGAAUGAAAAGAAAAGACAAAAAGUAAAGGAACGCAGAUGAAGAUGAAUAAUAAUAAUAAUAUUUAAAAAAAAAUGUAUAUUCACAGAAAAAAAAAGUGCAGUUGUGAUUCAGAAAGAAGGAUGAAAACUGAGUUACAUUUCGAAAAGACAUGGAAAACUUCAAAUAAAAACGAAUGAAAUCGACAAAAUGUAAGAAAAAAAUAUCAUUAGUGAAAAACAGACACUGAAAUGUGGAAUUCUAGACAAGUAAAAGAAGAGAAAAAAUAUAUGAGGAUAAUGGUGCCAAGGAAGAGAGAAGAGGAUAGAUAAUGAACAAAGAAGUGGAAGGAAAAUAAUGAAUAGGAGUAAUGUAAGUUUAGAAAUACAAGCACACAUAAUAUACUUGUAUACUCUAUAAAGUAUUUGUAUGAUAAAAGGAAACAAAUAGAUGAAAGAAAAGACUAUUUGAGAUGAAGAAUAUCGGAACAGUGAUAAUAAUAACAUUGGAAAUAAAUGAAUAAAUAAACAAUUGCACGUAAAGAAAAUAAUAUAAAGAAAAUAAUAUGAAUGUUGUGUGAUUAUGUAUAUGGAGGAAGUGAAAAAAAAAUAUACACAAACAUAAUACAAAUAACUUACUUCCAUAUAAUUUUGUACAUACAUUAAAAAAAAACAAGAAAACAAGAAAAAAACAGGAAUGAAAAAAAAAGCAACAUAAAACCACACCUUACAAUUUAGCAUAUGGAAUGAAAACGUUUAACUUUACAAUAGUCCUUUAAACGUUCCCUGGUUACCUCACGCACGUUACUCGGCGCCAAGGUAACGUUCCCGUGACUGCAAAACGUUCCGCCAGCGUCACUGAAAACCUUCUAUUCGCAGUGACGUAAAGGAACGCCUACCGAUUUAUGUGUACCGUGUAAGGAUUUUUGUUUUCUUUUCUGAAGGUACGUUUCUGCACCUUAUGCUAUGUAACUGCUCGUACCUUUGCUACAUAUCCGCUGUGAGAGGUGCAUCUUGCUGAAUACAGGUAAUGAGGACAAUUUACGCACGUAGCCAGGUAGGGAGACAAGUAGACAGGCAGGUAGGGUAGAGUAAGGUAGGAUAGGAUAGGCAGAAAUCUGAGGGAUUGUCAGAAAUCUGUAGUUUUGUCAGAAAUCUGGAGGUUUAUCUGAAGUUUGAAGUUCUGAAAUUGGGUAGUUUGUCAGAAAUCAGGAGUUUUGUCUGAAAUUGGGAACCUUGUGGAGAGCUGUCAAGUCAGGAAAUUGUCUGAAAUCUGAAUGUUCGCUCGAAAUUAAUAGGUUAGUAAAAAAAAAUUCGCAAAAAAAUUCUUCCUCUUCAGAUUCACAUUGGGAGGCUGAGGAAGUAAAGUCUGUAGGUUAGGUAAAGAAAAUUCUGAAUGUACAGAAAUUCCUCUACUUCGCAUUUAAAAUCCCCAGACUGAGGAACAAAAUUUAUAGGUUAAGUCAAAACAUCAAAUAGUGAAAGUUGCUCAUUUUUUUAUUGAUAACAGCAGGGGAAGGGGAAGGGUUUAGCAGGCUUGGUCGAAAAAAAAAAAAUAGGAAAACACUUUAAACGUCCAUUUCAAAAUAAAACAGUCAGAUAAAUUUUUAAAAAAAGAGACGUUUUCAAAAUCCUCCAAAAAAAAACGUCAAAUUUCUCCACUUUUCACAGACAAAAAGAAGCAAAAUUGAUAGAUUAGGCAAUGAUAAAAUAAAAACCCCAAAAUAUUUCGUCCAAUCACCAACAUAAACAAAUUUAAAAAAUCAACACAUCAGAUAUAAAAAAAUAAAUAAAUAAAUAGAAAAAUGAACACAUUAAAGAAAGAAAAAAACAGGGAAGGAUAAGUUAAGUAUACCAUUAGAACAGAGAAGCAAAUUUUAUAAGACAUGACAAAAAUCUUAGAGUAGGAGACACUGGCAGGUGUAGGUAGCAAAUUACAAGUGAUUACAGGUGAGAGUGUCCACCUGUAUUACUUCUUGUACAUAGACGAAACAAAGCUCUCUUAAUCUCUCUUAGGGAGGCUGUACAUAAGGGUGUUGAUGUGUGCAUGUUAUCAGGGUGACGAUGGGAAGUUAAAUAAAAAGGUGAAUAAUAAUAAACUACAGGUUGGUAAAAAAAACAAAAACAAAAAGGGGGUGAUUAAUAAUGACACUACAGGUUAAUUAGUCUUUUCAAGUCCUCGGUGGGAAUUGCUCUGUAAAUAAUUUAAUGGGAAAAGGGAAAUUAUAUAACAAAAAAAAAGAUGGAUGGUAAUUUAUAUAUACAGAUUUUUUUUUUCUUUCUGUCUCUCCGUCUUGGAGUGUUGAACGAAAUGAAUUGUGUUUUUAUUGAAGAAUGUGUAAAGAAAAAUAUCUGGGAAAACAAAUUCAUUGGUAUCAUUUAUUGGGUUUGUUUUUUAGUAUUGUUCCUGUUUGUAUUUCUCCUCCUCUUUCCUCCUCCUCCUCCUCCUCCUCCUCCUCCUCCUCCUCCUCCUCCUCCUCCUCCUCCUCCUCCUCCUCCUCCUCCUCCUCCUCCUCCUUUACAACACCUCACUGUCUCCAUAAAGCCAUUUUCCACAUUUCUCUCUCCCCUUCCCUCCUUUAUCUCCCUCCUUCAUCUUUACUCUCCCUCACCUCCCCUUCUUCCAACACACACACACACACACACACACACACACACACACACACACACACACACACACACACACACACACACACACACACACACACACACACACACACACACACACACACACACACA